AUGCUGGCCCGGCACGGAGCCGCCUUCCUCCUGCUGCACCUGGUCCUGCAGCCGUGGCUGGGGGCCGACGCCCAAGCCACCCCCCAGGGUAAGUGGGCUCGAGCCCCGCGUAGGGGCAAAGGGCUCAAGGUCCCGCCGUCUGCGGAGCCCGCGAUUCCGCCCUCUACUUGGGCCGGUGAAGAAACCAGCUUGGCGGGCACUGCUCGACCCGUUGUUCCUGGGGCCUUGCUGGGGACCCCUUGUAUGCUCCCGGGUCCCGAGUCAAAACAUACUGUGAUUGGAAGCGGUGACUCAAGUAUAGAACUUUCUGAAAUCGAUCAUCCGAUUAUCCCUUUCUCCUCAUUCCUCCCAGUCUUUGACCUUCUACCCUCCUCCAGCCAAAGGCUGAACCCAGGCAUUCUGCAGCCAAUCCUGACAGACCCCACCCUGAAUGAGCUCUAUGUAAUCUCCACUUUCAAGCUGCAGACUAAAAGCACAGCCACUGUCUUUGGCCUUUACUCUUCAACUGACAACAGCAAAUACUUUGAAUUUACGGUGAUGGGACGCUUAAAUAAAGCCAUCCUCCGUUACCUAAAGACUGAUGGGAAGAUUCAUUUGGUGGUUUUCAACAACCUGCAGCUGGCUGAUGGGAGGCGGCACAGGAUUCUCCUGAGACUGACCAAUUUGCAGCGAGGAGCUGGCUCGGUAGAGCUCUACGUAGACUGCACCCAAGUGGAUUCUGUUCACAAUCUCCCCAGAGCCUUUUCUGGCCUCUCUCAGAGUCCUGGAUCCGUUGAAUUGAGGACUUUCCAGAGGAAGGCACAGGACUUUUUGGAAGAGCUGAAGCUGGUGGUGAGAGGCUCACUGAUCCAGGUGGCCAGCCUGCAAGACUGCUUCCUGCAGCAGAGUGAGCCACUGGCCACCACAAACACAGGGGACUUUAAUCGGCAGUUCUUGGGGCAAAUGACACAACUGAACCACCUACUGGCAGAGGUGAAGGAUCUUCUAAGACAACAGGUCAAGGAAACAUCAUUUUUGCGAAACACCAUAGCUGAAUGCCAGGCUUGUGGUCCUCUCAGCGUUCAGGCUCCAACCCCAAACACACUGGUGCCCCCUGCACCCCCAGCACCCCCCACAUCCCCAACAUCCCCUGUGCGCCGGUGUGGCCCAAACUCAUGUUUCCGAGGCGUCCAAUGCACUGAUACAAGAGAUGGCUUUCAGUGUGGGCCCUGCCCCGUGGGCUACACAGGAAACGGAAUCACCUGUUCUGAUAUUGAUGAGUGCAAAUACCAUCCCUGCUACCCGGGUGUGCGCUGUGUGAACUUGGCUCCUGGCUUCAGAUGUGAUGCCUGCCCAGUGGGAUUCACAGGGCCUGUGGUGCAGGGUGUUGGAAUCACUUUUGCCAAGUCAAACAAGCAGAUCUGUACUGAUAUUGAUGAGUGUCGAAAUGGAGCAUGCGUUCUCAACUCUAUCUGUAUUAACACUUUGGGAUCUUAUCGCUGUGGGCCUUGUAAGUCAGGAUACACUGGUGAUCAGACAAGAGGAUGCAAAGCAGAAAGAAGCUGCAGAAAUCCAGAACUGAACCCUUGCAGUGUGAAUGCACAGUGCGUUGAAGAGAAGCAGGGGGAUGUGACAUGUGUGUGUGGAGUCGGUUGGGCUGGUGAUGGUUAUAUCUGUGGAAAGGAUGUGGACAUUGACAGUUACCCGGAUGAAGAACUACCAUGCUCUACCAGAAACUGCAAGAAGGAUAACUGCAAGUAUGUACCAAAUUCUGGUCAAGAAGAUGCAGACAGAGAUGGCAUUGGAGAUGCUUGUGACGAGGAUGCUGAUGGAGACGGGGUCCUGAAUGAGCAGGAUAACUGUGUCCUGACUCACAAUGUGGACCAAAGGAACAGUGAUAAAGAUAUCUUUGGAGAUGCUUGUGAUAACUGCAGGACUGUCCUAAAUAAUGACCAGAAAGACACUGAUGGGGACGGAAAAGGGGAUGCCUGUGAUGAUGACAUGGAUGGAGAUGGAAUAAAAAACAUUUUGGACAACUGCCCGAAAGUUUCCAAUCGCGACCAACAGGACAAGGACAAUGAUGGUGUGGGAGAUGCCUGUGACAGUUGUCCUGAUGUCAGCAACCCUAACCAGUCUGAUGUGGAUAAUGAUCUGGUUGGGGACUCCUGUGACACCAACCAGGACAGUGAUGGAGAUGGGCACCAGGACAGCACAGACAACUGCCCCACCGUCAUUAACAGUGCCCAACUGGACACUGAUAAGGACGGCAUUGGUGACGAGUGUGAUGAUGAUGAUGACAAUGACGGAAUACCAGACGUGGUGCCUCCAGGACCAGACAACUGCCGGCUGGUCCCCAAUCCAGCCCAGGAGGAUAGCAACCGUGACGGGGUGGGAGAUAUCUGUGAGACAGACUUUGACCAAGACCAAGUCAUUGAUCGGAUUGAUGUCUGCCCUGAGAAUGCAGAGGUCACCUUGACUGACUUCAGGGCUUACCAGACUGUGGUCCUGGAUCCUGAAGGGGAUGCCCAGAUCGAUCCCAAUUGGGUGGUUCUGAACCAGGGAAUGGAGAUUGUGCAGACCAUGAACAGCGAUCCCGGCCUGGCAGUGGGGUAUACAGCUUUUAAUGGAGUUGACUUUGAAGGGACCUUCCAUGUAAACACCCAGACAGAUGAUGACUACGCUGGCUUUAUCUUUGGUUACCAAGAUAGCUCUAGCUUCUAUGUAGUCAUGUGGAAGCAGACAGAGCAGACCUAUUGGCAAGCCACCCCAUUCCGGGCAGUUGCAGAACCUGGCAUUCAACUCAAGGCUGUUAAGUCUAAGACGGGCCCAGGAGAGCAUCUCCGGAACUCCCUGUGGCACACUGGGGACACCAGCGACCAGGUCAGGCUGCUGUGGAAGGACUUCAGGAAUGUAGGCUGGAAGGACAAGGUGUCCUACCGCUGGUUCCUGCAGCACAGGCCCCAGGUGGGCUACAUCAGGGUACGAUUCUAUGAAGGCUCCGAGGUGGUGGCUGACUCUGGCGUCACCAUAGACACCACUAUGCGUGGAGGCAGACUUGGUGUUUUCUGCUUCUCUCAAGAAAACAUCAUUUGGUCCAACCUCAAGUAUCGCUGCAAUGACACCAUUCCAGAGGACUUUCAAGAGUUUCAAACCCAGAAUUUUGAUCACUUGGAUAAUUAAACCGAGGAAGCGAUCUGUAACUGCUUUUCCAAACACUAAAGCCAUACAUUUUUUUAACUUCCUAUGAUUUUAUUUGUAUACACUGUGGUUUUCUUUUACCAGCCCAGAUAUAUCAAAACUUUUUAUAUGAAUGUGGCAAUAAAGGAGAAGAGAUGAUUUCUAAAAACCAUGUCAGACAUCGUUUAGGCGUGGCUAAGGUCUUGAUGGUGUGUCUGUUGUGCUCUGCAGUAUACACAUUGAAACUGCAGGGGGAUCUUUUUUUUCUCAGACCAGGUCAGUCAGCCAGAUUGAAUGUGUGCAUGGAUCAGAAGGCCCAGGUCAAAGGUCUCAUCUCUGGUCACUCCAAUUAGCGUCACACAAAAACACGUAGCAGUUAUAUGCUCAUCUCAGCAGCCUCCUUAAUCUAAGGAGUCUCAAAAAUACAAGCUCAGGGGUCACCUUCCCUGUGAAGACUCUUCUGACCAAUCCCAGGGCAGAUUUGUCCAAUGCUGUUGGCUCCCUCCCACUUGGCUCCCUCCCACCUGCCUCCCCACACACACAUUCUACACAGACUUUUAUCCCAACACCUGCAUGAUUAUUACGCUUAUUUAUAUAUUUGGCUCCCCCUAGUGGAAACUGAGUUUAUUGCGCAUAAAGGAUCACGUUUUACUACAAUCUGUAUUCCCAAUG